AUGUCAGCUGUGGGAGAAGAGAGGCCCUUAGUACGGCUCUGUCCUCUCUGCUGCCGUCAGAUCGCUGGAGAAGAUGCAAAAAAUGUGGAGAAGGUUGAGAAAGCAUACGAAUGUGUUCUCUGUUUUGGAUUGCUUGAUCAGGAUUACAUAGAAGAGGUAGCGCAAGCUGUUGGAAAGAAGCUCAAGGAGUCGCCCUACGAUGCCACUGCGUUCACAUUGGCAUUGAAUCUUCCUAUAUCGCAAGUUCUUCGCGAAACCAUCGUUAGGAGAUCAAGACCUGAUUUCAAUGGGAUACUUAUUUCUGUACCCUACAAAAUCCGGAAUAUCGACGCUUAUUUACCCAAGCUACGACAGGCAUCCGGAAUGCGAGCAGCGCUUGCUACUGAUCUACAGUUGACUAUCACCUUUGAGACUGAUGAAUUCACCGAAUAUGAUACAUCAUUCCUUCUGGAACACUUUCCGAAUGAUUUUCAACAAUCAAGGAAGAGAAAAUUCUAUCAGCAAAGUGACACACCACAAUGUACGAAAAUAAAGGUGGAGCAGAUGCUAUCACGCAUUAGGGAGGACAUUGCCAAAAAAUUCAAAUUGUCUUCGCCCUCCCGCUUUUGUACGUACUCCAUCGCAUUCGAACGGGAUCCCGUGUUUAUAGCGGGGAGAUACUGUAAAUACUCGCGUACAUUACCGCAAUCACCGUGGUCCUCCGAGGACAAGGAAGCGCCGAAAGUGCCUGGAAAUUCGGUUUCCGAAAAAGUCUGUGAGCUUAUGAGGAGUAAAUUUGCUGCUACCGACGCUCGUUUUGUUGCUUCUGGAAGAGAAGACAUGGAUGUGCGUAUGUUGGGUGACGGCCGACCCUUCACUGUUGAACUGCGCAACUGCCAUUUUACGGCACCUCUGUCUGGAACGAAAUACAUUGAAACGUUGAAGGAUGUUCAAACAGAAAUCAAUCGGUUGAAUCCCGACAUUGAAGUGAAGAAUCUUGUCAGGAUCUCGAGAGAAGAGGCUGAUCUCAUUAGUAUGGGUGAAGAAGAUAAACGCAAGCGCUAUGUAGCUUACUGCUACAGCACCAUGUCCUUGACAGAAGAGACGCUAGCUGAAGCAGCCAAGCAAGCGCCUAUACAAGUGGUACAGAAGACCCCUGUGCGAGUCCUCAAGCGACGAUCUUUGCUGGAGCGUCCGCGAACUGUUUACAGCAUGGAAAUGCUCGCAAUUGAUAGUCAUCACUUCUUGUUGAGGUUCGUGUGA